AUGGAUAUUGCUAGUAGCUCGCCACCAACCAACAUGCUUCCAGAACGGAUCACCGCCACGCCAAAACGAAAACGUACACCAGUUACCAAGUACGUCAUCACACGUAUACUACCAACACGCAAUAAAGGACCGAAUACCAGUACCGUACCACUCAUAUCAUCGCCUAACCGAUUCUCUCUCCCACCCUCAUCGCCGCCAAAUACCAGUCCACGAUCCAAUCCAGAAACUCCACAAUCCAAAACCAAUACAACCUCUCAUCGUCGUUUGAGUCUGAAUUCACCACCACCAUGUAAACCAAGACGCCACGAAAACCAAAAAGAUAAAACCAAAUGGUCACUGCCUAAUAUUGUUAAUCAACUUUCAUAA